AUGGAACACCAAUCAGAAAUGGGGGCUUAUGUUGAAAGCCCAAAUGUACAAAAUAGUGGAAAUUAUAUUACUAUUAUUCCUGUGGACUACACACGGCGAGGAUAUCCAAUACAGGCUGAAUAUCAAUACAAUGAAUUUCGAUCUCGCGAGGAGUACUAUUCUAUGCAAAGUCAGAAAUUGCAGGCGGAAGUGAACGCGCAUUUAUAUUCCGUGUCGCAGCGAUUGCCUCAUCUGUCCUACAGUCCUCUGGGCCGACAUGGGGAUUGGGACAAACAUGAUCCUCAUAAGCCCCUGCCGGACUCCAAAGAGAGCAAUAGUUCUGAUUCAUUGGAGAAAAGUGUUAUGGGAUCAAACUUAAGUAGUUGUUCGAAUCAGACAGGUUCAAGUAGCAUCGCUGCAGGGUCGUUUAGUACCACGGAACCUAUCACUAGUGGGGGUAGUUCUUCCAGUGCCAUUUCGCCCCCUUUACCUGGCUCCUCUGGCGCAUCAUCUUCCACCGGACCUUCAAAUCCUGUGACCUGCGUCUAUCUGAUGUCCCGAAUAGCCAUCAUGGUUGAGAUGAGUUCUGAGGAGGUGCCUUCGUGCGUCACGGCUUCCAGGUUCCUCAAUGCUGUACUGGCAACUGAGGAGUUAGGGUUGAACACACCGAGCGCCAGAAAUCUUGCUGCGAAUGUGUUUGCUCUGUGGAUGUGUAGUCCUUUAUUAGAAAUUCAAUUAAAGCCCCACCAUUGUCCGUGGCGUAUAUGGGCAGGUUGGCAGAAACUACUCCAAAGAUAUGGUCACGGAUCCGAAUCCCGAAGAGGCAGGGACCAGCCAGCGUUAAGGCUUCAGAGGAAUGUCUUCUUUCCUAAGCAUCUUGAGGAAGGAAUUAAGGAUUCCCGGAUUCAAGAGUUACUUUACGAAGAGGCCCGUCACAAUGUAGUCACAGGUCGGUAUCCUCUCGAAAGCGCCCAAGCCCUGACGCUUGGCGGCCUGCAAGCCAGAAUACAGCUCGGUCCGUAUGAUCCCCAUAGACAUACCGCAAAGUUCUUUAGAGAGAACCAGGACAAAUAUCUGCCAAAGCAUGCAAGAUCAGGACAAUGGGCAAAACUACUGCCCGCGGGGCGUAAGGGCAGCCCUGAGGCUAAACUCCUAGAACAGGCACAAAGACCUCCCGCAGCCCCUCCGAGGAAAUUGAGACACAAGUAUCUCGCUCAUACCAGGAUAUUGCCAACUUAUGGAGCAGCGUUCUUCCAAGGUCAAAUAGAACAACCAGUCCGAAGUUUAACGAGUCUUUUGACGCAUGAAGACAUUCCAGUGCUGGUGGCUGUUAACUCCAAUGGGGUAUACGUCAUUGAUGACACGGAAAGUACGGUAUUACUGGGAUUGCUGUAUGAAGAAUUGUCAUGGGAUAUCGGUCUACCAUCAGACGAUAAUGAAGAUUGUCUGCCGUGUCUCUUCCUACAGUUUAUGGUCGUUGAAAAUGGCUUACGAGUCUCCAAGAUAUUACAGGUAUUUUCAAAGCAGGCAAUAAUGAUGGACACUUUAAUAGGGCACUUCGCAGGUGAAUACCGAAAGCGAUUAGGACAGGAGACACCCAGCGAUCACGCAAACUACGACUACCAUUCAGAUUCGGGUAGUAUAUCACUUCCCCCCUUAUCUCGACCGGAUUCCCCUCAACGGCGUUUGGCUAACAAAUUGUCCCGACUUGCCUUGGCCACUCACGAUGGAAGAGGCAAUUUACUUGGAGGAGCUGGCGACUGGUCUACUGGAUUACAUCAAACGCAACCUUCCUGGAUAUUCCCUAAACAUUAA